AUGUCGGCUCAAUCUGAAGGAAAUUAUGCGGAAGCUUUACAGAAUUAUUAUGAGGCUAUGCGACUGGAAAUUGAUCCCUAUGAUCGAAGUUAUAUACUUUAUAACAUAGGUCUUAUCCACACAAGUAACGGAGAACAUACAAAAGCUUUGGAAUACUAUUUUCGGGCACUCGAACGAAACCCUUUCUUACCUCAAGCUUUUAACAAUAUGGCCGUGAUCUGUCAUUACGAAACUCUCAAGUACGGUUCUAAGGGAAGGAUUUUACUCACCUAUUCCGACCGCGGAGAACAGGCCAUUCGACAGGGAGAUUCUGAAAUUUCAGAAUCUUGGUUUGAUCAAGCUGCUGAAUAUUGGAAACAAGCUAUAGCCCUUACCCCUGGUAAUUAUAUUGAGGCACAGAAUUGGUUGAAGAUCACAGGGCGUUUUGAAUAA